AUGUCCUUUGUUCGAGGAGUAGCACGGUCGUGUCGGGCUAGGAAGCCAUGUCGACUCACAUCAAGAGGCCCUUGGCCUCAACUAAGGCAGUUCAGUUGCACUGCACCAGUCUCUGCGCCACUCACCGCGGACGAAGUCCAAGGAGCACAUAAAUACUGCGUUUCCCUCCUCUCAAAAUAUGACCGACCCUCCUACACCCUGAGCACCUUCAUCCCACCACACGCUCGAUCCUUCUACAUCGCCCUGCGCGCAUUAAACGUCUCCCUCUCCAUGAUCCCCGAGACCACCUCCUCGCCCACAAUCGGCCUCAUGCGCCUACAAUUCUGGCGCGAUGCUGUAACGAAAAUCCUUGCCGGCGCUCCACCCAAGGAACCCGUCGCAAUUCUACUUGCCUCCGCCAUCUCUGAUCUCAACGAGCGCACCGAAGGCCGCACAAGGAUCACCAAGGGCUGGCUAACACGCCUUAUCAAUGCGCGGGAGCAAACUCUCACUAAUGACCCUUACCCGAACAUUGCGGCUCUCGAGUCGUAUGCUGAGAAUACCUAUUCCACACUGAUGUAUUUGACGCUGGCUGCGCUACCGAUGACAUCUGUGACAGCGGAUCAUGUGGCAUCCCACAUUGGAAAGGCUGUCGGCAUUGCGGCUGUUUUGCGGGGAUUGCCGUUGGUUGCGUUCCCUCAGCCGACGCCUCAGUCUCCGAGUGGACCUCCGGCUAUUGGGGGCGGUGCGAAACAGGGUGCGGUGAUCCUACCUCUGGACAUCAUGGCGCAGAAUGGGGUCAAGGAAGAAGAGGUGUUACGACGGGGUGCUGAGGCUGAGGGUCUUCGUGAUGCGGUAUUUGCUGUUGCUACGCGGGCGAGUGAUCAUUUGAUCACCGUGGAUCAGAUGUUGAGCAAUCUCCGUGCUGGAAAGGACGUUGGGCACGAAUUCGAGCACGAGGGUGAGGAGGGUCAUGAGUAUGAUACUUCUGCGCUUGGUGGGCCUCGGGGUAAUGAGACACCCCUGGACGAGGUCAACCGGGCAUUUGGUGUCUUCAUGCCUGCGAUUGCCACACGGUUGUGGCUUGAGCGACUACAGCAGUAUGACUUUGACGUUUUCCGUCCUGAGUUGCUCAGUGGAGAUUGGAGACUACCUUGGAAGGCCUAUAUGGCGUUCCGGCGGAAGACGAUUGGUUAA